AUGAAUAUUAGAAUUAGGAAUCCUGCUUCCUGCUUGUUGCUGCCGUCGCCUUCACGAGGCCUCCAUUUCUGGGUUUCUUGGGAUUAUGGUCUUUCUCCAUCUCCCAUCCAAGAUCCAUGGAGCCUUCUCUCAUACAAUGGAAGUGUAAUGCUAGCUGCUUUGAUUUCUUUGCUUCUUGUGACCAUCUUCGUCCUUCUCCUCCACAUCUAUGCCAAAUGGUUCCUCUCCCAGGCCCGUCACCAGCGACGCAGCUCUAUUGCUGUCUCUCAAGUGCUCGGCCAGCCUCGCUUGCACCAUUUUCAUUCCAUAUCCUUUGACCACACUCCCCCUGCUCACUCUCCCACCAAAGGCCUGGAUGCCUCUGUGAUCUCCACAAUCCCUCUUUUCAUUUAUGUGUCGGAAAACCAGUGCAAAAUUGGAUUGGAAUGUGUCAUUUGCUUGAGCUUAUUCGAAGAGAAUGAGAUUGGGAGGAGCUUGCCCAAGUGUAAGCAUGUCUUUCACGUCGAGUGCAUCGACAUGUGGCUGAGUUCUCAUUCCAAUUGUCCUAUUUGUAGGGUUCCAGUUGCUCGCCAUGACAACUCAAGGAGUGGAAUUGGUAAUAACUUGGAACUGAGUGAAAAUGAACCGCAGAUUGUUGUCGGUGGGUAG